GGUAGAUUGGCAGCACCGCCUCUUCUCUUUCUUUCCGGUUGUCAAAAAGUUAUAAGACGACAUAAAUAGCUAAAAAUGGCCGACGUUGAUGUAGAUGUUCCCUCAGCUGCCCCAGUUAUUGGAGGUGCCAUGGAUAUCAACACAGCCUUGCAAGAGGUUUUGAAGAAAUCCUUGAUUGCCGAUGGAUUGGUUCAUGGAAUUCACCAAGCCUGCAAAUCUCUUGACAAACGUCAAGCUGUUCUUGCUAUCUUGGCCGAAUCAUUCGAAGAACCCUUGUACAAGAAAUUGAUCACAGCCUUGUGUCAUGAACAUCAAAUUCCAUUGAUCCGCGUCGAUUCACACAAGAAACUCGGCGAAUGGUCUGGUCUGUGCAAGAUCGACAAAGAAGGCAAACCACGUAAGGUUUGCGGUUGCUCUGUCGUUGUCAUCAAGGACUUCGGUGAGGAAACCCCUGCUCUUGAUGUUGUCAAGGAGCACCUCAGACAAAACAGUUAAACUACAUUCUACUGAGGUUAAGAGCAUUUUUUUUUAAUAAAAAGAACUAAGAAAACAAAACUUAUGUGAAGAUGUGAAAUUGA